AGAUCCGCGCGAUUAUUCGCACACUCUUCGAUUGUAAUGGACUUUUGGGCACCUUUCGUGCGCAAAAGUAUAAAAAGACUGAUUAUAUCCAGUAAAAUUUUGUAAUUUCAAAAGUAAAAAUAUACAUCGGCUCAUCUCGGCAUACAUUUUCACGAGCGAGAGUUUGAAUUCCAGUUUUUCUAUAGAUUUCGCUUCCGGUAUACCAUAUUUAAGGUAUAAAAAAAUCUAGUUCCUUUGAAUCUAGUUGUUGAUCGAAGUUGCUUAAAAAGCGUAGAACCAACCAAGAACACGCCAGUCUUGGAAUGUCAUUUCGUUCAAAUUUAUUGCCGCAGUUGACAAAGACAAUUGACAAAAUGAUAUUAUCAAAUCGCAUCGUGCGUAUAAGAGAUAAUCUUUCAUUGUAUUAAAUUAUCUAACCAUCAUAUCUAUCCGCGAAUAAAUUAAUUAACAAAUAUGUUUACCAAAACAACGUCAGACCAUUUUCGCUCGAAAACAGACAUUUGCGCGAUAACAUUUUCUAGAAUCCGUAUCUAUAUAUAUAUAACACUUAUCCUUACAUACGCGACCCUCAUAAAAAAAACCCUGAUUUCGGCUAAUCGAUUUCGCAGGUCGCCGUAUAAUGGAAGAACAAAAGCGCGGCGAUUUCGAUACCGCGGCUUUAAUAUAAUGUCUUAAUUGUUGGCUUUAUCUACGAGAGCUAUUUAUAAUCGUGUGCAUACAUGCACUCGCGCGUGGCCCACUUCUAUACAGUCAUAAUAAAUUAAGAUUUGUCCUGGAUCUAUAAUACACACCAGCAUAAUAACAAUAAAAGUGAAUAGAGAAUAAACCUGUACGUUGCGCGCAGGCGCAAUUUUAUUACAAAAAGAUCGCGCCGGGCCAUUAGUGAAAGUUUCCGAUGCACAUAAAAAAGGAAUAACACAAAGAAAGAAAAUACCACGAAACCAGAGAGUAGGUGACUUUUACAAUAAAUUCGCGAAAGAUAACUCGGCCGAUCCGUCGAGUAUGACGCUGGUGUGGUAAUACACAUAGCCGCCGAGAGUGUCAAGAUGAAAGUGUUAUAGCCGCACAACCGGCGUUUUACAUUAGGAAUAACGAAGCCAAGUGGCGGAAGUACGAAAUGCCGCUGAAUUUUUUUACCGUCCAUUCUGGAAUGUCUACCUCUUGUAUAUAAUUCUUGCAUACAAUACACACAAACACAUAUAGGUAGAUACACUGCAAAUUGCUAUUCCCAAGGCGCAGCCCGUAUAUCGCGUUAUCUAUCGCGCGCAGUGCUUCCUCGCCGGAACAAAUAACCUUCGAGAGUUCCCAACUCGAAUCAGCUCUACGUGAUUUUUUUUAAACAACCUACUUAGCCUACGUUGAUAGCCGCGGGACAGCCUCGAAUUUCAAUGCGAAUCCAUGACAUUUAUUCGCCCGGCUGAUCGUGACGAUGCGACGCGGCGAUAGAGAUCGGUAUAGGGCACUGCCGAUAAGAUGCGCGCGCUUCCAGUGAAAAUUGAUCGCCGCCAAACGAUCUCUUAUUCUAGGAUAGCUGCAGCGAGAUUGAGUAAACGUCUGCUACGAUUUUUUACCAAUACUCGUGCGGAGAGUCGUUAGAGCGUUGGUGUGCGGCAUUGUGUGUUUCGAGCCCGCGGCUUACGAACCCGAGUGUUAUAUAUAUAUAUCCAAAGAGUGGGGCUAUCCAGCGGGACGGAUAAAUAGCCGCGACACCGAUCUCCUGUCUCCUACUUGGCAUUGUGUGUACGAGGGGUAAUUAGCUAUACUCGCGGGUUUAUUUGCACUGCACCGGAUACUCUUGGAGUAUCGUAUAUAAAACAGUAAAAGAGUAUUGGAGCCAGUAGGAUGCUGUUCGCGUGGAUAGCGCUGGUUGCGCUUAGCGCGACGGGAACUUACUGCCAGCAGGCGAGCUUCAGGAACUAUCAGGUUUUCAGGAUCGUUCCGUCGUCCUUGGAACAGCUCGAGGUUUUGCGGCAGCUCGAGGAUACUAGCAAUGCUGGCGGUUACUCAUACUGGAUCGGACCGAGCUUCGUCUCUAGCAAAGUAGACCUGAUGGUAGCGCCUGACCACCUGGACGAGUUCACCGAGCUGAUGAACGCGACGGACAUGAGUUACGACAUGUACGUCGAAGACGUCCAGAAGCUGAUCGACCAGGAGCAGCGCAGCAGCGAGAUCCGCCAGGCCGGCAGUUUCGGCUGGACGAGCUACCACACGCUCGACCAGAUCUACGCCUGGAUGGACCAGCUCGCCAAGGAUCACCCGGACAACGUCGAGCUGCUGGUCGGCGGACGCACUUACCAGGGCCGCGAGAUCCGCGGCGUCAAGCUGAGCUUCGGCUCCGAGAAACCCGGUGUCUUCGUCGAGGGUGGCAUCCACGCCCGCGAGUGGAUCUCGCCGGCCACCGUCACCUACCUCAUCGACCAGUUCCUCAACAGCCAGGAACCGGAGGUCCGACAACUCGCCGAGUCCCACGACUGGUACAUGUUCCCGUCGUUCAACCCCGACGGCUACGUCUACACCCACACCUCCAACCGACUCUGGCGCAAGACUCUGUCGAAGAGCGGAAUACUCUGCAAGGGAGCCGACGCCAACCGUAACUGGGGCUUCAAGUGGAUGAGCGGCGGCGCCAGCCGCAACCCCUGCAUGGAGACCUACGCCGGAAAGAGCGCCUUCUCCGAAAUCGAGACCAGGACCAUGUCCGGGUUCAUCAAGUCGCUCUCGGGCAAACUCUUCGCCUACAUAUCCUUCCACAGCUACUCGCAGCUUCUGCUCUUCCCCUACGGACACACUACCGAGCACCUCGACAACUACGACGAAUCCAAAGCCAUGGGCACGAAAGCCAUCACCGCCCUGGCCCAGAGGUACGGUACCAAGUACACAACUGGAAACAUCGCCGAGACGAUUUACGUCGCGAGCGGCAGUUCGAUGGACUGGGUCAAGGACACCCUGAAGGUACCAGUUUCUUUCACCUACGAACUCCGCGACACCGGAAAGCACGGCUUCAUUCUUCCGGCCGAUCAGAUCAUUCCCAACUGCGAGGAGGUUCUCGAUUCGUUCGUAGCCAUGUUCAAAGAAGCCCUGAAACUUGGUUACCCCAAGACUUCUGGCCAAUAAUAAAUUUAUUUCGAUUUUUCGAUCCUCAUAAACUUA